AUGAAGGUCACGACGAUACAAGCCGCCUUCGGGUCAGCCAUUCUUCUGCUGUCCGCCCAGCCAUGCGCCGCAACAAAUCAGCACAAAGUCCACCACCGACACCACGAGCUCCAUGCCGACAAGAGGUACAUGCACGAGCCUAGCUAUACCAAUGCUACCUACAACCCGAAAUACGCAUCGCGACUCUCCCAGACCGACAAGCUUCAGACUCGCAGCGAUGCCAAGUGCGCCUUCCCAACGGACAAGGGACUGGUCGCCGUCACACCGGGUGACUUGAACGGUGGUUGGGCAUUGGCCCCGGAUCAAGAAUGUGUUGAUGGCACUUGGUGCCCCAUCGCUUGUCCUCCGGGCAAGGUCAUGGCGCAAUGGAAGCCCGAUACCACCUACACCUACCCAGAGUCAACCUACGGAGGUAUCUACUGCAACGGCGGCGAGAUCGAAGUUCCCUUUGCGCACGAAGACUGGUGUGUAGAUGGCACAGGCGCUGUCGAAGCCGUGAACAAGGCCGGUUCUGUCGUUGCUUUCUGCCAGACCGUUCUCCCGGGUUACGAGGACAUGACCAUUCCGACUGAAUGUCAUGAUACUGCCACUCUGGCCGUCCCCGGCAUGUCCUACUGGGAUGCCACAGCGUCUCACUUUUACAUCAACGCCCCUGGUGUUACUGUCGAGGAAGGAUGCCACUGGGGAGACCAGUCGAAGCCAAUCGGUAACUGGGCUCCCUUUGUCGCGGGUGCUAACACCGUGGCGGAUGGCUCCACCUUCGUCAAGCUCGGUUUGAACCCGGUGUGGCAAGACAGUGAUCUCUACAACACGAAACCCACCUUUGGCCUCAAGAUUGAAUGCCCAGGCGGAGGCUGCAACGGCAUGCCCUGCGAGAUGGAUGGCAACGGUGUCACCAGUAACAACAAGGCCACUGGCGCUGGAGGUUCCGACUUCUGCGUCGUCACUGUCCCCAAAGGCGGCAAGGCCAACAUCGUCGUCUACAACCUGGAUGGAUCCGACGGCGGCGACAGUGGCGAUGAUACCCCGAGCUCCUCCAGCUCUGAGCCCGUGCCCGAGACUACGUCCACGUUUUCUACAUCCAAGCCGACCCCAUCAUCGACGAUAACAAGCACCCCCACAUCCACAUCUGUACCACCAAAGACAACGUCAAGCACAUCGUCGACCACUUCUUCGACCACAUCUUCAACCACAUCUUCAACCACAUCUUCAACGUCAAGUUCAACAUCGACGUCGUCCACCUCAUCCAAGGUGCAGACAACGAGCUCGUCCGUAAGCAGCAGCAGCAGCAGCAGCGUUGUGCCGACCACCUCCUCGAGUUCUUCAAGCGUCAAGGUCCCCUCCAGCUCUGCCGCUGCUUCUGCUUCUUUCAUUGGUGGGAUCUUCCAGCAAAACGGCACCUCCAGUACUCAUGCCUGGAGUGGACCAUCCGUUACGUCCGGUUCUGUCGCUGGCAGCCCAAGCGAGACCAAGCCCGCCGCCACCACCGAGGCGAACACGAGCGAGGGCGCCGCUCAACCCCAAGGCGGCGCUGCCGUCGCUGGUCUUAUUAUAGCCAUGGUGGCCGCUGGUUACAUGCUUUAG